CGUCAGUUCGUGGGAAGGUUCCUACGGCUGAGACCGAGCUCCUAAUCAUGGGUUCUUCCGUUUCCCAGCCACUGGAGCCAGUCAAGGACGUUGCGCCUCCUGAGGUCGCCUCCUCCGCCAACCCCGUGCCCGUCAUUGCACCCGGAGCGCUGACCCCUCCAGCGGAAGCCCCUCUGUUUAAUAACUGCUGGAGCUGUCGCGUGCUCUCCGGGUCCGGGCUGAUAGGGGCGGGCGGGUACGUGUACUGGGUGGCACGGAAGCCCAUGAAGCUGGGAUACCCCCCGGGUCCAGGCACGAUUGCGCAGAUGGUCUUCGGCAUCAGCAUUGCUUGCUGGGGUGUCGUCAUCCUGUCAGACCCCAAAGGGAAGGCCUUCCGUGCUGGUUGAAGUACCACCAUUGAAUGUGUCAUCUCUCGGCGUCCCCAUGACACACAGAACAAGCAUGGGGCGUAUGGAUGUUCUGGACAGACGCAUGGACAUUGGCAGACUCAGUCCUGCAGAUACUAUAAGACUGAAGAGACAAACAUAGGUUGUCAUUCAUUGGCCAUGAGUGUUUCUGGCCUUUGCAGGUUCCACAGGGACCAAUAAAUCCCUCAGAGAAGAGGUUCUUUGUGUUAUUUGAGGAAGGAGUGUAUAAUUUUUAGAAAAUACAGAGGAAAUGAUAAACCAAAUGAGAAAGUGAGCUAAAGUUAUUUUAAAUAGUUCUAUCUACUUCUCCUAUGGUUGGGUCAACACCUACUAUCCACCUCAUCCUGGAUAGGCAUCAUGCAAUAGGCAGAAGUACAUAAAACAUUUAUCUGUGUACUGCUCAUACUUCCCAAGGCAUUGUUGGAUCCAUGACUUUGUGAGAGUUUCCCAGCUACUCUGAGGACGUUAUUUCAUUGGUGGUAAGUGAACCUUAAAAAAUAGAGUCCUAGUGAUUUGCCCAGGGUCAUUCAGCAAGUCAGUGAUAGACUUAGGACUUGUUCUUGUCCAGUUGUUCUUGUCUUUCAGAACUAGGAUUGUUCCAGAGAGGCAAGAAUUACCUUUAUGAAACAAUUAGAUAAUCAUAAAAAUCAGCAUAAAAUAAAAAGCUCAAGUACCAAAAUAUUUGAGAGAAAUUCAAAGUCUUUUGUGCUUUGUGUGUGGGGUGAGAGGGGAGUGUGGCGGGGGUUGGUUCUUUUUCCACAAGCACAGGAAAGGUUUCUAUGAUGAAAUUUAGUUGCUUUUGAGAGAACUUAAUAUUAGACACUUUCUUUUUAAGAGAAGUCUGCUUCCAACCAGUUUUUUAAUUUCUGAAAUACUAUGGCUUCUCUAUAAAGUUACAUGUAGCUACUUUUCAGAGCAGAAAGGUACUCUUAAAUUUAACUGCCAAUCACAACGUGUAAAUUUUGAAUGAUAGGUUGAGUAAGUAGAGUACCUUUAGGGCUAUUUUUCUAAUAUUGUAAAGAAGGGCCCAAGUCUUUUAAGCCUCACAAAUGACAAUAAGUCUCUUGCAUUGUCUACACCAGAAUUCAUGGCAUGGAUGGUUAUGUAUCUGUGCAGUUGAGAAGACAUUGCAACAUAAGGCAAACAACAAAGUAUUUAAGUGAAAUGUACAAUUCAGUCAUGUGAUGUUAGUGAAUAUAGAAGUUUUAAAUUAGAAGGGACCAGAGGGGACCCAAAGCAGGGUACUUCCUUGAGGGCCCAUGACACUAAAAUGCUAACGUAGACAAGUUACUACCUGCUUUAAAAGGCAAGCCAUUCUAUUGAUGGACAGCUGCAGUCCUCACAUUUUCUUAGUUUAAACCCAGAUUACAUCCCUUGCUGGUCUUGGCUUGACUUACUGGAUACAUAGAGUAACUCUUAAAACUUAUAUAUUGUAAUAUAAUUGUAACAUCUUUCCCAGAAUUUGUACUAGUAUGAAUCUUUAACCAAGUAAGAGCUUUUAACAAAUAAACUUGCCCACUCAUCAGA